AUGGGUCGCCAUUCCUGUUGUGUAAAGCAAAAAUUGAGGAAAGGCUUAUGGUCCCCUGAAGAAGAUGAGAAGCUAUUCAAUUACAUAACAAGAUUUGGAGUUGGAUGCUGGAGUUCAGUUCCCAAACUAGCUGGAUUGCAAAGAUGUGGAAAGAGUUGCAGAUUGAGAUGGAUAAACUAUCUUAGGCCUGAUUUAAAGAGAGGGUUGUUCUCUCAGCAGGAGGAGGAUCUUAUAAUCAGUCUUCAUGAAGUGCUUGGAAAUAGGUGGGCUCAAAUAGCAGCACAGUUACCAGGGAGAACAGAUAAUGAGAUUAAAAACUUUUGGAAUUCAUGUUUAAAGAAGAAGCUUCUGAAGCAAGGGAUUGACCCAACUACCCACAAGCCUCUUACUGAAGCUCAUGUAAAGGAAGAAAAGAAAAGCACAGAGACAACUUCUAUGCAAACGCCAUUGUCUCAAGGGCCUUCGGCUACAUCAACCUUUGCAUCAUCACAGGGAUCAGGACUUCUAAUAAGCGAUUCCAAUUACUAUGAUGGAGGGCUAACAGAAGCUUCAAGAGAAAUUUUCAUGAGCAAGCCAGCAUUGGACCCUUUGUCCUACUAUGAUUUCCCAAUGGGCGUUACACAGUCAGGUUUUAACUUACCUGUGAGUCAUUAUCACACAAGCCUUAGAGCAUGUGAUCAGGGCCAGUUUGGAACCAAUUCAAGCUUUGGAUUCUCUUCAAUGCCAAGUCUAACCAAUUCUGAUCAUGGAAACUUGUCGGUGACUGAGUUUUCAGACAAUAAUUCAGCCUCCAAAAUCAGUUCAUUGUUCAUGAAUGAUCAGGUGAAAGAGAGUUCCAGCAACAGCUCAAACAUGAGUACUAUUUAUCCAGGAGGAGGGUGUGAUAUGAGAAGCAUGAUGGAGAAUGCAGGGUUCUCUUGGGACGGUGAGAACAAGUUUGACCCCUUGUUUCAGUUCCAAGUAAAUGCCGUAAAAUCUGAGGAUUUUAAGACAAGUUCAUGGGAAGAAGCGCAGCUGCAGACUCACAACUCCAUAGAUUUCACUAGCUUUCCACUAUCAUCACUUACUGAAGAUCUAACAGGAGCAAAUUUUGAUGUAUUCCAGCAUAUCUGAACUGUAAAUUCUUUCUUUCUUUCUUUUUUUAUUUUCUUUUGUU